UACACACUGUAAAAUGGCAGAAUCCAGUGUUUCUUUGACUCUGGAUGAGUUCAGCUGUUCAGUCUGUCUGGAUCUACUGAAGGAUCCAGUGACUAUACCCUGUGGACACAGUUACUGUAUGAGCUGUAUUACAAACUGCUGGGAUCAGGAUGAUCAGAAAGGAGUCUACAGCUGCCCUCAGUGCAGACAGACCUUCACUCCAAGACCUGUUUUAGGUAAAAACACCAUGCUGGCUGAAGUGGUGGAGAAACUCAAGAUGACAAAACUCCAAGCUGCUCGUUCUGCUCAAUGUUACAUUGGAUCUGGAGAUGUGGAGUGUGACGUCUGUACUGGGAGAAAAUAUAAAGCCAUCAAGUUCUGUUUGCUGUGUCUGGAAUCUUUUAAUUUUGAACGUCAUGAAGAAUCUUGCUCUGGAAAGCGACACAAAGUACCGAUACAGUUGGAGAAUUAA